AUGGUCGGCACCAUCAAGUCUUCGAUCACGCUUCUGCUGGGCUUCGUCGCUGUCUCCAACGCCGCAAGCCUCCGUAAAGAAGAUCUCCACUUCAGCGAUAUCGCGUCGCCUCAGACCGAUAAUUCUGCCGCUCUACUGACCCGCGUCAAUGCGGAGCGUGCCGCUAAAGGCUUGCCACCACUUUGCCCGAACAAGAAGCUGCAGGAAGCAGCAGAGCGUCACAUCCUGGACCAAGCCAAGACAGACUACUUUUCGGCAGUUGGGACCGAUAACUCAACUCCUGAGGCGCGGGUUACUGCCGCUGGAUACAACUGGGAAACCGUGGACGAGAACUUUGACGCUGGAUCAGCUACUGUUGAUGCUGUUGUGAGCUCGUGGCUGAAUUCUGAUGGUUGCCACGACGCCAUCCUUGGACAGUACACUAUGGUCGGCACUGCCUACGUGUACAACGAGAACACUUUCUACAAGCAUUACUGGGUGCAAGUCUACGCCACAGGUAGCUCCGAGGAGUGUGAUGCCUAA